GAAUUAUUCUCUCCUCUCCUGGCGUGCCAUGCGCUGAGUCCCUUCCUCCCCAUCUUCGACCACAGCCCCCCCCACCAUGCAUCCCUACGUGCGCCCGAACCAGUUUCUGGCCUUCAAGCUGCCCUCCGAGCAGACGAGGAUCCAGAAGAUCGUUCCCAACACGGAAAUCUUCCUCGGAAAAUACGGCUCCUUCCCCGCGAACCAGAUCAUCGGCCGGCCCUUCUACCUGACGUACGAGAUCCACGAGACGCCCGGCGACGCCAACAGCAAGUACCUGCGGAUCGUGACGGCGGCCGAACUGCACGCGGAGUCGCUGAUCACGGAUGGCGAGAACGAUGGUGACGACCUCGAGCUGAAUGAAGACGGCACGCCCGUGCGCACGAAUCGCGAGACCGUCGAUGACCGGUCCACGCAGAAGCUGACGCUGGAGGAGAUCGAGGCGCUGAAGAAGGAGAGCUCCGGCGCCGGACGGGCGAUCAUCGCGAAGCUGCUGGAGUCGCAUCAGGCGCUGGAUCAGAAGACGGCGUUUUCGCUCGCCAAGUAUAAGCUGCGCAAGGAGAGGAAGUACAUGAAGCGGUUCACGGUCAUGCCGUUGGAUGUCAGCCUGUUGACGAAUUAUAUGCUGGAGGACCGCGAGGCGGCCAAGACGUUGGAGCUGCGCGAUGAACUGAUCGGGUUGAUUGGGUGUUGGGGAAAUGUGCAUCAUGGCGGCAGUAGCUCGUUUGAGGAGACGAUUGCGGCGAGGCCCAAUGGGAGGUAUCUUGUUGUGGAUGAUACGGGUGGCUUGGUGGUUGCGGCUAUGGCGGAGCGGAUGGGUAUGCUUUACCCUCAUGAUGGGGAUGAUGAGGAGGAGCAGGAUGCCGCUGAGCCGGAGGUACCAGAGGGCGAGGAGCGGAAUGAGGAGGAGGAACCGAUCACAAACGCCGCAGGUCGUGUGCAUCGUCGACAGAUGUCCGCGCAAGGAAACACCAUCACGCUUCUGCACGCCAACAAGCAACCUAACCUCAACCUGCUGAAAUACUUCGGCUACGAGCAGGACAACAUCAGCGAGACGCAUCCCCUGUACACGAACCUGAAGACGGUGUCCUUCCUGCAGCUGCUCGACCCCAACGCGGACACGAUCUACGCCCAAGAGCCCCCGGUGGUGCCCGACGCCGAGCUCGCUACAUACAAGUCCAGUAAACGCAGCUCCUACCACCGCAAGCGGGGCAGAUGGAUGCGCACCCGACGGGUGGUCGAUGAAGCCCGCACCGGCGGCUUCGACGGUCUGAUUAUUGCGUCGAUGAUGGACCCCGGCAGUAUCUUGAAGCAUGCCAUCCCUCUACUCUCAGGCUCGGCCCCCGUCGUCAUCUACUCGCCCACCGUGGAGCCCCUGACGGAAGUGACCGACCUGUACUCUACAGCCCGGAAAAACGCCUGGAUGACCCGGAGGCGCGAGUUGGAGGAGCAGGCGGAACAGGAGUCCGAGGACCCGGAGGAGAUCAGCCGCAAGGUGACCGCCCAACUGGUGGAGGAGUUCUACGUCGACCCGACGACGCUGCUCUCGCCCACGCUGCAGACAUCGCGGGUCCGCGUCUGGCAGGUUCUCCCCGGCCGCACGCACCCGCUGAUGUCCGGCCGGGGUGGCGCGGAGGGAUACAUCUUCCACGGCAUCCGCGUGAUCCCCCGGGCAGUGAACAUCGAGGCGGCGGGCGAUCCGGCGCGCAAGCGGCGGAGACUCGCGAAGCAACCCGAGUUCGAAACCCCGACGGAGACGCCCGCGGCCAGCGGCGAUGUCGAGAUGACUUCGUAACAACCGCCUCGAGACCAAUCCACCAUUCACCUCACCACCCUCAUGUAAAAUAGCGCUUGUCGGGCCGUUGCAGCUGUCCUAUGGCUGCCAUCGCAUGACGAGACCCCACCUCGACUCAUACACUCAUACAUUCCCCCGAGCCAGACGGGAAUGGGGAUACAUAGCCCUCAGACCGGGCCUCUAUGAUACCAAGCACACAGACGUCAGACAUCAGUCUAGUUUUCAAAUCGCUUCAUGUCGAAAUAUACACAAGAGUAAAAGCCCAGGGCCGGAGGACCCGACGGGACGGUCGUCACCCGCUAGAUGUACGCGGGCGCGGGAGCAGACAAAAGCAGCAUACAGAAUAAUCUAACCUAG